AUGACCAACUCCUGCUGCUCCCCUUGCUGCCAGCCUUCCUGCUGCAGAACCACCUGCUGGAGACCAAGCUGUGUGAGCAGCUGCUGCCAGCCCUGCUGCUGUGAGUCCUGCUGCUGCCCAACCUGCUAUGAAACCACCUGCUGCAAGACCACCUGCUGUAAGCCAACCUCUGUGACCAGCUGCUGCUGUUCACCCUGCUGUCAGCCCAGCUGCUGUGAGACCACCUGCUGUAAGCCAACCUGUGUGACCAGCUGUUGCUGCACACCCUGCUGCCAACCCAGCUGUUGUGAAAUCUGCUACUGCCAGCCCUGCUGCUGUGAGCCCUGCUGCUGCCAGCCCUGCUGCUGUGAACCCUGCUGCUGUGAGUCCUGCUGCUGUGAGCCCUGCUGCUGUGAAAACACCUGCUGCUAG